AAACAGUCUGUGGGAUACUCUGGCAACAUAGCUUUUUGCUCACUAGGCAAACUCCAAGAUAUCAAAUAAGAAAAUAAAUUGAAUAUAUAAUGGUAGCAGAAGUAUUUAUAUGUAGAGAAUGGCAUCUAUCUUAUUUUUGUUGUUAAGAAAAUGCCUUAAGCAAUUAUCAUAAGCAUUAUAUUCGACAUAGUUGACAACUAAUAUAGUUUGAGCUUUCCGCUUGUCCGGUAUUGAUAGGACUGAAAUUAUGGAUGGUAGUGCUGGUAGUGCAGGUAUCAUUAAUAAUACUAUUUCAGGACGUUAUAUGUCUGGCGAUACAGAAUGGGAAGCGAGGGAGUCUCAGCGUCAGCGAGAGCUGGAAGAGGCACGCGCCCGAGCAGCCCAAAUGGAGAAGACAAUGAAGUGGUGGUCCGAUUGUACUGCCAACUGGCGGGAAAAAUGGAGUAAGGUGCGUAACGAACGAAAUAAGGCUCGAGAGGAAGCUAAACAGCUUAGAGCUAACUUAGAAAUGGCAAUGAAAGAAGCAAAUUCCUAUAAACGUGAGAAAAAUGAUCUUGAAAUGCAAAUUACUCAAUUGAAAAAAGAAAUGGAAAAAGUUCACUCUUUGAUGAUGAAGCAUGCCGGACAAUUUCACAAAGCCGGAAUGGCCGAUACAGCCGAAGAAACUGAGGCCAACAGUCGGGAUGCCAAUUGCUCUCCUGACAUUUCGUCGGAUGGUUUAAAAAAUGUCAAUAGUGAAGAUGGUUUAGUUACUAAAACAAACGCAGGGGGUGAAAUCAAAGAUCUCGAUAUUGAAGAAUUCGUUUUGAAGGGUGCGGUUUCAAAAACUAUAACUGAUAUUGACGAAGUAACGGCCGAGGAGAAACGUUUAAUACAGCAACUUUCAAAGGAUGAUUUCGAUGAAGAUUAUCUGUUACAAAAGAUCUCUAUGCUACAAUUACGCUUAGAUGAAGCUCAAAAGACGGUCAGUGCCGAAAGAGAUGAAAAGCAUAUUUUACAUAAAAGUAUAGAAAAACUCACUCUCGAAAUCCAAGAAGUUCGAGAAAGGCAGGAGGAGUUAAGAGCUGCAAAACAGGAGGCCGUUCGCGAACUGCUGACCCUUCAAGAACAACAUCGAGCUGAAAUGCGCAUAAUAAACAACUCCUUACAAGAAGAGACAGCAUCUCGUGAAAAUCUUGAACGUCGUCUCGGGGAAUUACGUUCAGAGCUCGAGCGAUUGCAAGCUGAAAAUGCCUCCGAAUGGGGUAAACGGGAACGUUUGGAGACUGAAAAAUUAGCUUUAGAACGGGAUAAUAAAAAAUUGCGAGCUGAAAUUCGAGAUUAUCAAGAGCGGUCUGACCGUAAGGGUCGUCCUUUACAAGCAACUGAUGUAGAGGUUCGCGCUCUGCAACAGGAGUUAUCAGAACGAAAUAAAGAGUUAAGUGAACUAAAGAUAUCACAUUCCAAAUUGAAAAAGUUAUUAUCUGAAACGAAUACUGAGCUAGGACAUGCAGUUCGGCGAGCGGAACAAUAUGAAGCGGAGGUGAAGCGUUUACGUCAACGUGUUGAAGAACUGAAACGUGAAUUAUCUGCUGCUGAGGAUGAAUUGGAUUCAGCGGUUAAUCAGGCUAGACGCUUACAGCGUACGAAUGAUGAACUAGUGGGUCAAAUUGAAGCAUUGCAAGUUCAAAUACAGCAUUUACAAACAAGGCGAGCGAAUAGUCCACAAACACGUGGAGGAAAUAUGGGUGGCGGUAUAGGUGUUGGUUUGACAGGUGUCAGUGGUGGUGUACAAUUACGUAAUAAAAUUGCCGUAGAAUUAUCAAGUGAAUGUUUACCGAAUAUAAAUGAUUUGCGUCAAAUAUUCGACGAUGCACCGACACAAAAUAAUGCCGCUCUACGUAAUUCGAAUGGCAUUGAAGCCGCCUCAAAACGUUCCAGCCACACUGAGCGUACUUUGUUGCAACAACAGCAAAGUGUUAGUUUCUUUGAUGCCAAACCGUCUCAUGUUGAAGAGAAUGUCUUUGAAUCCAAGUCACGUAAUUUAGAUUUCGAAAGGGCUAAGCAAAAGUUUGAUAAUCCAUCGCAUUUGCAUCACCAACAUCAUCACCGCCAGCGCGAGCAACGCGAACGAUCAUCGGGACGAUAUGGCCAAAAUGGUAGCAAUAGUGGUACCAAUCAAUCGGUUGCGAAUAAUAGAGCUAAUCUAGUGCUUCCAUUGAAGACAACCAUUGCUUUGGCCAAUACCAGUGGAAACUUUAAUUCCAAUUCUAAUAAUUCAAACUCAAAUUCUCAAACAGCUUCAAACGUAAGUCUCACGAAAGAUGAUGUAAAUCGUCAACUGUUCGAAGAUCAUUCGCGUUCUUCGACGGUCGGUGGUGGCAGUGUCGGUGGCGGAAGUGCUGAUGGUCAACAAUAUCUUAAAAAAGAUAAUUCAAAUUCUUUAACGAGCGGUGGUAAUUAUACACGAAACAGUAUUAAUUUGGAUGGUCUCAAGGUAUCAGACGACGAGACUCCGUAAUUUUGGUUCAACUAGCUUAUUACUUGACGAGGAAACUGAAGGCAAUAGUGAUGAAGAAAUCUAAAGUCGAUGUAAAAAAAAAAA